CGUCGCUGGAAGUGCUUGGACUUUGCACCCGUGACUCGCGCGAUGCCGUCAAUGGCGGCCCCGCGAAAUAUUCUAUCAUGUCGCAUAAGCAGCCGGUUCAACUGGCAACGGCUCAGCGGAGGAACUUUUUACAUGCAAACUUUCCCUGUUUGUGGAACAACGAGCAUCAUAAUCAUAACCACUGCGAUUCUAGAAAUAACAAUCAAUUAUUACAUAUUUUAUCACUAAAAGAAACAUCAUCAACACAAUGUCUUACCAAUUGUACAGAAACACAACACUUGGCCACACAUUACAAGAGUCUCUGGAUGAAUUAAUUCAAUAUGGACAAAUUACCCCGCAGCUUGCCUGUAAGGUCCUCUUACAGUUUGAUAAAUCCAUCAAUCAAACACUGGCGACCCGUGUCAAGUCUCGUGUGACAUUCAAAGCCAAUAAAUUAAACACUUAUCGCUUCUGUGACAAUGUGUGGACUUUCAUGCUGGAUGAGGUUGAAUUCCGUGAGGUGCAGGAGAUCAUUCAGAUUGACAAAGUGAAAAUCGUGGCCUGUGAUGGAAAGAGUGCAAAUGCAGAUUAAGUCCAGCUGCUUGUUCAAAUUUCAUUCUCAGCUCACACAUGAUUGCUCAUCAUUGUUCAGUUCAUUAGUAAAACAAAACUUGUGAUAUACAUGAUAUAGUUGAGUUAAGUAUGACAGGGGGUUUAAACUAAUAGAUUUAAUUUAUGAACUGGCUUGGACUAUGUACAUUUGUGGGAUUUUGGGGGCAAAUGCUAUUCAUAAUGUACAAUUUUUGUGUUUUAUUUCACUUUGAUGGCAGGGAUGUUGAAAAAGUUUAAUAAAAUGAUGAAAAAGUUUUUGGUUUGUAAGUAAAUUCUUAUGUUAGGUUGGUAUUGUGUUUAGUAUGGAAAUUAUAAUGUUUUAAAGUGAGAUAAUAAAGAUUUGACAUUAAAUAAAGAGAAAA